AUGAGAACGAAAUAUACAUUCGGAUACGGUUUGAAAGUGGAAAAGCUAGGGUGGAGAGCCGAGUCACCUCGAGUUUCUGGCACAAUUACAGAGAUAACCCAACGUAACCUCUUGUGCAUCUACCCCUUGCUCUACUCUUCUCAGUUUUAUUCUUCUCCCUCUGCAGUCCUUGUCUCAACAAUACAUAUUCUACACUCUGGUGAGAGAAAAUUUACUAAGAAAAUAACCUAUUUGCCUUGGUAUGUGUUAACUUCAAGACAAAUUGAAAGCAUGACGUCGUCAGGAUGA